AAUUCCACAUAUCCACUUAUUUGGUCUCCCUGAUAUCUAAAGUUCACUUGCAGGCUCGGCCAUGGCCGUACCUCUCCUUCUUCCGAGCUAUCCUGUGUCAGCAUGGCCUUCACGCUCUCACCCCAGAUCACACUCAUGGCUUCCAGUUCGAACCGAUCCCAAACCGGUUAAUCUGUCCGCCACCAGAGCCCAACUGGAGGAGGAGGAGAACGUCGUGAUCAUUGGCGCCGGCAUAGCCGGGCUCGCCACUGCCGUUUCUCUUCACCGGCUUGGUGUCCGGUCUGUGGUGCUGGAACAGUCGGAGUCGCUUCGAACCGGAGGAACAUCGCUGACGCUUUUCAAGAACGGGUGGAGCGUUUUGGAUGCCAUUGGCGUCGGACCUGAACUCCGAACCCAAUUCCUCGAGAUCGAAGGGAUGGUGGUGAAGACGGCAGAUGGAAGAGAGCUUCGUUCUUUCAGAUUCAAAGACGAAGAUCAAAGCCAAGAGGUCAGAGCUGUAGAGAGGAGAGUGCUGUUGGAGACACUUGCCAGCAAGCUGCCACCAGGCUCCAUUAGGUUUUCCUCUAAGCUGGAAAGGAUACAAAGCAAUGAAAAUGGCGACACUCUGCUCGAACUCCAAGAUGGAAGCCUGUUCCUUGCAAAGAUUGUCGUUGGUUGUGAUGGAAUCCGGUCUAAGGUGGCAAAGUGGAUGGGAUUCUCCGAGCCAAAGUAUGCUGGGCAUUGCGCUUUCCGUGGCCUCGGGUUCUAUCCAGACGGACAGCCGUUCCAGCGGAAAGUGAAUUACAUCUAUGGAAGAGGGCUCCGUGCUGGAUACGUACCUGUCUCUACGACCAAAGUCUACUGGUUCAUCUGCUUCAACAGCUCAUCCCCAGGACCCAAGAUUACAGAUCCAGUGGUCCUAAAGAAACAAGCCAAAGAACUGCUUAGAACAUGGCCUGAAGAUCUGCAAAACCUCAUCGAUCUAACACCAGACGAAACAGUGAGCAGAACCCCUCUUGUAGACCGGUGGCUAUGGCCGGGCAUUGCUCCUCCGGCAUCACGAGGACGAGUAGUUCUUGUCGGAGAUGCUUGGCACCCGAUGACUCCGAAUCUAGGGCAAGGAGCUUGUUGUGCCUUGGAGGAUUCAGUGGUUUUGGCAAGAAAGCUUGCCAGUGCAAUUACAGGAGGGACUGAAUCAAUGGAAGAAGCAAUGGGUUCAUAUGGGAACGAGAGAUGGCCUCGGGCUUUUCCAUUGACAGUACGUGCAAAUCUAGUUGGAGCACUUCUGCAAUGGGACAAUCCUCUUGUGUGUUCUGUAAGAGACAAUAUUAUCAUACCUAAAGUGGUAAGGAUCGGAUCAAUGUUGGAACACACUAACUUCGAGUGUGAGCCUCUCUACGAUGCAGAAAGUUUAGAAUCUAGAUGGGAAAGUUGGUUAUGGGCCACACCUCCUUUAUUGGGCCCCAAACUGGAAGGCCCAUAAACUCAGGCCUAAUGACAAACUUCCACCGCCUUCACAGAAUCGAAAUUCGAAGUCUGAGGGGUGUGAGAGGGGAUGCUCUCCUGACGAGAUCAGAGAAUGAA